UUGAAGUUUGAAGAAACGGAAGAGAGGAUCAGGUUUAGAUUAAUAAUCACAACACCAGCAUCAAGGGAGUGGUUGAAAUACUGCCGGGAAAAUGUUGCGAGUUCAAACACCACGUUUCAAGAAAAUUAUUCAACAACAGUUUACAAGUAGCAGUGGAUUAUGGUCAACAUGUCGGUAUCUCCAUGCAGGAAAUAAAUUGUUUCAGACUAACAAACCUGAGCCUCGUAGAAGUGAAAUAAAGAAAAUUCUGGUUGCUAAUCGUGGUGAGAUUGCUAUCAGAGUCUUUCGUGCAGCUACUGAGGCUGGUAUUAGGACUGUUGCUAUUUAUUCAGAACAAGAUGCUAAUCUCAUGCACAGACAAAAGGCUGAUGAAGCAUAUCUCAUUGGCAAAGGCAUGCCUCCUGUUGCAGCUUAUUUAAAUAUUCCAGAAAUCAUCAAAAUUGCAAAGGAAACAGAGGCUGAUGCAAUUCACCCAGGAUAUGGAUUUCUCUCAGAGAGAGCCAACUUUGCUGAAGCUUGUGUCAAAAAUGGCAUCAUUUUCAUCGGCCCCUCCCCCUCAAUUGUCAAAAUGAUGGGGGAUAAGGUGGAAGCUCGGCAAGUAGCAGUCAAUGCAGGUGUGCCUGUGGUUCCUGGCACAGAGAACCCAAUCAAAACUGUGGAAGAGGCCAAAGCCUUCUGUGAGCAGUAUGGGUUGCCUGUCAUAACCAAGGCAGCAUAUGGCGGAGGUGGCCGUGGCAUGAGGGUAAUCCAUAAGAUGGAAGAUGUGGAAGAGUUCUUUAACUUAGCCAGCAAUGAGGCAUACGCUGCUUUUGGAGAUGGUUCAAUGUUUAUUGAAAAGUUUGUUGGUAGGUUCAUUACCCUUUAUCUCCCAAUAUCUCAUUAG